AGUUGUGACGCAAGCACCCAGCGCCCCUCGGCAGCUGCUGGACUCCUGGUGCUAUGGCUUCCUCUGGGGUGGCGGGUGGGAGACAGGCCGAAGAUACGCUACAGCCACCGCCCGAGCUGCUGCCGGAGUCCAAGCCGCCACCACCGCCUCAGCCUCUGCCGGUCGCUGCGCUCCCGCCGCCGGCGGCUCCGCGGCCUCAGUCCCCCGCUGGCGCGAAGGAGGAGAAUUACUCCUUUUUGCCGUUGGUUCACAAUGUCAUCAAAUGCAUGGACAAGGACAGCCCGGAUCUCCACCAGGACCUGAACGCCCUCAAAACCAAGUUCCAGGAGCUGCGGAAGCUCAUCGGCACCAUGCCCGGCAUCCACGUGAGCCCCGAGCAGCAGCAGCAGCAGCUCCACAGCCUCCGAGAGCAAGUGAGGACCAAGAACGAGCUGCUGCAGAAGUACAAGAGCCUCUGCAUGUUUGAGAUCCCCAAGGACUAGGCCAGCCCCCAGGAGAGCCGCCGCCAGACGGAAAGCAUCACGCGGUGCUCCAGCUCCUUGGGAGCCCCGCUCAAAACUGGGAGGCCACAUUCAGCUGGUGUGGGGCCUCAGUGCUAUCUCAGCCCUGACCAUGUCCCAGCAGAUCUACAGGGCACAGAGGGAGAGGAAAUAGCUGUUCCCUUCUUUCCCUCAGCUCCUCCCACUCCCGAUAGCAUCAGCAUGGUAUCAGGUACAUACUGUUCCCAUUAACAGCAGUUUCAUGAAACAUUUGCAUAGAAUUCACGGGGUAAAUUAGGCCUGUACUCAGAUGGCAUGGAUUUAUUAUAAUUAAAGCAAGCUGUGAGAGUAUGAACAUUGUUUUGAAAGGCCAGAGGGUGGGUGGCUUCUCCCUUGAAACAGUUCACUUCCUUUUUUGUUUGAACUACUGAAUGAAACUAUAUCUCUGGGGGCGUCAGCCCAGAGCUCCACGAUCUAGCCACCAACUCCAGUUUCCAGCCUCCUGCAUGCUAGCCUUAUAGGCUCUUGCUCCCUUUAUCUCUAUCACUUCAGGCAGUGCUCAGAAUAGCCGAAGCACUGCUUGCCUGGGGCCCUUUGUCCUUCCCACACUGGCUCAAAGAGGCUGUUAAGGAAGCGGCUCUGCCCUGAUUCGUAUGCCCUGGCUUACCUCUGUCUCCCCUUUAGCCAAGAAGUCACAUUUGCUACUCUGCACAUGGUCCCUGCACACUUCUGGUUUGGAGCAAAGUAGCUGGCAGGAGCAAUCGGGGCAGUUUCUCAGCCAGGGUUAUGUGUGGUUUGAAGGGCGUGGGGAGCUAAGUCUGGAGGUUCCAUAGCUGUGUUCUACUUGUAGAGUGUACUCAGCGACUCGCAGGUAGGACACCGUGUUCUCUGUCUCUCAGGGACUGUUACACUGAGGGCACCAUGGCCCUUUCCUUCUCAGGGGAAGGUGAGAAGAACCCAGUUAUUGUUUGGAUCUUGAAAUGGGCACAGCCUGGGCUGACCAGCUGAGGACUUAGCAGGUGCCUGCCAACUGGCCUUCUUGGCAGGAGCGCUGGCUGGGGAUGUUUGUUAGCAAGCAUUCUGGUGGCAUUGCCUAUCCAAGCUGCCUCACACUGGGACCCGGAAUGUGUGAAAGAGGGUUCUGACUUCCAGGUAUUUGGGCAGAAAAGUGAGUUUGAGUAGAGGAUGCCAGUUAAGCACCUCUGCCUUGGGACUGUUACUGAACUGAAUCAGUUACUUGCUGCAAAGUUGAAGCAGUGGCUGGGCCAGUUUUAAGGCUCUGACUGGUUCCUGUAAGCGCAGAGCACAUGAAAUGCAAGGGCUUCAGCUCUUCCUGACAGGGAAGAAAGAAGGCGUCCUCGGAGGCUUCUGUUCCGUGUGGUGACCUGUCACAUUUUCAGAUAUAUAAUUAAAAGUGUGGUCUGCUCUCAGGACACAUGGUUUGCCUGUUGGCUCUGUCUCAGUGCUUGGAUUCAGCCCCUGGAAUUACAGGUUUUAUAAUGAAGAAUUAGAGUGGUAUGUUGAGUAGGUGGUGUAGAGGGAAAUGUUCACUGUGCUCCUUCCACCCAGCAUGUGCACCUGUUCAACUAGCACAAAGGCCUGCAUGUCUCCUGCAGGGGAACUUGGGGAGCCAGCCAGUCAUUGGUGAGAAGUGAGUGCCUUGCUGAGAUUUGAGGAGGUGCAGUGCCUUGGAAGUGGCCCUUCCCAAAACAGGGUUGACAGGACACACCCCCAUCCCCACCCCCACCCCCACCCCCAAGACACUUUCGAGCAUCCCUUGAAGGUCAGAACUCUCUUGGAAAACCAAGUGCUUGGCUCCGCAGCUGCAGCAGUGUUGACUCCUUAGAGACCAUAUUGACUCCUGACCCUAUUUCUCAGCUGCAGAAUUGGAGGCUUCAAGGUGACACUUGAACCCUGAGUUGACAGUAGGAGUGGCAAGGAGAUCUUGGUCACAAACUAUGAGCCCUUAGCCAACAGGGGGAUGGGAAAGUGCAGAGGAGCUGGGCCUCCCCUGCUUGAGUGCUUCUGGGAGCUGCACUAGAAGCGAGCUACUUUCCCUGGCCAGGUCCUGGGGCAACCCUGGGGCAAGGGAUAAACACAGAGUGCAGGCAUCUUCCCAGACACACCUCUCCAGCUCAGCCUCCUUAUUUGUGGUAAUCAGAGUCGGAGUGUGACAGCUUCCUGUCACCUGCCAUGAUUAGCAGGUGGCCUGUGGAGGAGAGUAUGAAUAUUCUCCAAAACAAGGCCCCCUGGUAUAGGCCAAGUGAGGCAGAGGGUAAACAGAGCCAGGAGGUCUAGAGCAGGUCCCACUUGGAAGUGGGAGGCCAUUUUCCGAAAGCCAGGUCCCUCUCCAGUUCUUGGCCACUGGCACUGAGCACUGAGGCAGGAAACCUAAAAGCAAAGCACCAUUUUCCGUUUCUAAAUUAUUUUAUUUUAAAUAAAAAAUAAUAAUAAAGACCUCACACAAUAGAAAUGUAGAGAUUUUGUUCAUGUCACAUUGACACUGGAACUAUUAAAGUGCAAGUUUUGUGUUU